AUGUGGGGCUUGUUCAAGGCGAGAAAAAUCACAAGCCAUUGCAGGACCUGGUCACAGUAUUGCUGUGACUUCAAAUGGAGUGUCUAUUCGUUUGGCUCUAACAGCUCAGGACAGCUUGGGCACGGGACUACAGAAGAGGAAUCUCGGCCCCGUCAAAUCAGAUUUCUUCAAGGCAUUCGUAUUAUUCAAGCAGCCGCCGGGGCUGGCAGAACAAUGCUGAUUAGUGAUGCUGGAAGGUUUUAUGCCUUUGGAAAAGACUCUUUCGGGGAAGCUGAGUAUGGCGCUCAAGGAAGUAAGCUAGUUACCACUCCACAGUUGGUGGAAUCCUUGAAAGAAAUAUUUGUGGUGCAAGCAGCAAUUGGAAAUUUCUUCACUGCAGUAUUGUCAAGAGAAGGGAGGGUUUAUACCUUUUCUUGGGGAAAUGAAAGCAAACUUGGUCAUCAAACAGAGCAAAUGAUGUGGAGCCCCAUCCUCUGUUGGGAGUACUGGAGAACAUACCUGUAG